CUAUCACCAACCCCACCCACAAAUAACCCUUCUCCAUCACCAACCCCACCCACACAUACCCCUUCUCCAUCACCAACCUCACCCACACAUAGCCCCUCUCUAUCACCAACCCCACCCACACAUAGCCCCUCUCUAUCACCAACCCCACCCACACAUACCCCUUCUCCAUCACCAACCUCACCCACACAUAGCCCCUCUCUAUCACCAACCCCACCCACACAUAGCCCCUCUCUAUCACCAACCCCACCCACACAUAGCCCCUCUCUAUCACCAACCUCACCCACACAUAACCCUUCUCCAUUACCAACCCCACCCACACCACCCACAAAUACCCCUUCUCCAUCACCAACCCCACCCACACAUAGCCCCUCUCUAUCACCAACCCCACCCACACAUAGCCCCUCUCUAUCACCAACCCCACUCACACAUAACCCUUCUCCAUCACCAACCCCACCCACACAUAGCCCCUCUCUAUCACCAACCCCACCCACACAUAGCCCCUCUCUAUCACCAACCCCACCCACACAUAGCCCCUCUCUAUCACCAACCCCACCCAUACAUAACACUUCUUUAUCCAAAACACCAGCCACAAAUACCCCUUCUCCAUCACCAACCCCACCCACACAUAGCCCCUUUCUAUCACCAACCCCACCCACACAUAGCCCCUUUCUAUCACCAACCCCACCCACACAUAACCCUUCUUCAUCCAAAACACCACCCACAAAUACCCCUUCUCUAUCACCAACCCCACCCACACAUAGCCCCUCUCUAUCACCAACCCCACCCACACAUAACACUUCUUUACCCAAAACACCACCCACAAAUACCGCUUCUCCAUCACCAACCCCACCCACGCAUAACCCUUCUCCAUACAAAACCCCACCCACACAUACCCAUUCUCCAUACAAAACCCCACCCACCCAUAACCCCUCUCUGACCAACCUCAACACUGGUCGGAUUUGA